UGGCCCGAAUCAACAAACUCGCGCUCUUCUCUCUCUAUCUCUCUCCGCAGCGAUUAGAGAAAGCCCGUCGGAUAGAGGCCAAACACACAGACAAGAGACUACACGGAAAAACCCUAAAGAAGGCCAUUUCUCUUUAGUUUUUCUGCAAGAUCCUCUUGUUUUCUUGUUUCAUCUCUCCCCUUUUUUUAUUCAUCUUCUUGUUUUGCUUUUUCCUGUAUUUGGUUUCUUUUUUUCUUUCUGUUUUUCUUUCAGGGACACGAACCAGCGAGUUAUACGGUGUUUGGUCUUGUGUUGGAGCUCUAAUGUUGCUCUUCUGAGUGUCUUUUAUGUGGGUUUUUAUUUGUUUUCUCUAAUGGUUCGUUUUCUCUUCUGAAAUUAGGGUUUCACGCCUCACUUCUUUCUCUUAAAGGAAGUGACGAUCUUCGAGAGGUUGCAAUUGCGAAGCUAUUAAUUUGAUUGGAAAGACACUGGGUUCAGUAGGCACAACUAAGAAAGAUGUCAACACAGUAUCCUGUACUUGACAAUAGGCCAAUUGAUCAAUGGAAGGUAGCAGAGCUAAAGGAAGAACUUAAGAGGCGGAAAAUCACAACAAAGGGGUUGAAGGAUGACUUGAUAAAACGUUUAGGUGAAGCAAUUCGGAAUGAAAGAGAAUCUGCAAAGGAGGGAGUUAUUAAUGGUCUUAGUAGUGAUAAUGAACCCAAGUUGAAGCCUGAAGAGAAGGGGACUGAAUCAGUUGAUAUUCAAGUUGUUAAGGAUGGUCAGGAUAAUUGUGAAAAUAAAGCCCCAGAGGCAGAAAAGGAUACUUCUGAGGUUGAUGUUGUUGAUAGUGCUGCUGAGACGGUUGAAGAGAAAGCUCAAGCUGAGGAAUUGAUGGGAAAUUCUGGUUCUGUUAUGCCAGUUGAUGAACCACCAGUUCUUGCAGUGUCCGAGGAAGCCAAUAUCACAGUCAGCCAGGGUGGGGAAACCCAAUUAGCAUCCAGCAUUCAGGAGUCAGAGAACAUUGAAAUCAAGAUGGAGAGUGAGGAUACAAAGCCUCUUCACAAAGGUGCUCUUCCCGACGUGUCCGGUCCAAACAAUCAGGUAUCUGAGGUCAGCCCUGUUUUAGGGUCUCAAGUAAAGUCUGAGUCUAUUUCUACUGAUUCUGUGUCAAUUAUUGAAAAGAAUGAACUAAAGGAUAAUUUGAAUACUGAUAAUUUCCCUUUAGAACUAGAAGUUGUUAAGCCGGAGAUGGUGCAACCAUCAUCCAGUGAUGUUCCUCCUAAUGAUGGCGAUGUACAUCAACUGGAUGAUCAAGAGCCACGUGAGAACCAGGGCUCUAUUGAAGAUAUUGAUGACACCAAUGCUCCAAGUGUUGACCUUGGGAAGAAUAACAAUAGUGCAGAUGUGGGGUCCUUGGAAAAAUUAAAUUUAGACCGAAGUUCAGGAGAUGAUUCCAUGGAAGAGGAUGUAUUGGAAAGUAAGCAAAUUGAUUCAAAUCAUAAUUCUGAUGAAGUGGGAGAUAGGACUGAUCUAACUAAAGUGCAUGUUGUAAAAGAGGAGAAUGCUAUUGAUGCUGUGGGGGCUGGUUCCUCUUCUGAGAAGAAGGAAAUUCCUGCUGAAAUAAAAAAUGCUCCUUCUGUGCCUGUCGAGAAAAGAAAACUUGAAGAUAAAGAAGUGGUUGGGAAUAAUGAGCCUCCAAAGAGGCAACGUCGGUGGAAUUCUGAAAGCAUCAAAGUUCCUGAAGUGCAAACUUAUAGUAUCACCCCAUCUACAACACCUAAGGAUUCUUCCCAGCCCACUUUUCAGAAGCGCAACUUAACCAGAUCUGGCUCAACACUUGGCGAAGAGGCACCAAAGGAGCGAGUUGUUCCGCCAUCACCAAAGCCCCCAACAACUUCCCUUAGAAUCGAUCGUUUCCUUCGGCCAUUUACCCUGAAAGCUGUUCAAGAGCUUCUGGCGAAAACUGGAAAAGUAUGCAGCUUCUGGAUGGACCAUAUCAAGACCCAUUGCUAUGUGACGUAUUCAUCAGUGGAAGAAGCCACAGAGACUCGAAAUGCUUUGUACAACUUGCAAUGGCCUCCAAAUGGAGGGCGGCUUUUGGCGGCAGAAUUUGUUGAUCCCCAAGAAGUUAAAAUGCGGGUGGAAGCUCCUUCACAGUCUCCAGCAGCACCUGUCAGCACCAACACAACAUCUACUGCUCCUACAUUCCAGCCCCAGCCCUCCCCUCGCCAACACAAUCUGCGACAACAACUUCCUCCCCCACCUUCACUCCCACCUCCACCACCACCACCAACAGUGUCUGAUCCAACACCCAUACCAGUACGGGAACGACUUCCACCCCCACCACCGCUCCCAAAGAAGCCAGAUCCGCCAAUAGUUACCCUUGAUGAUCUCUUCAGGAAGACGAGGGCUACCCCUAGGAUUUACUACCUACCAUUGUCUGAAGAACAGGUUGCAGCAAAACUUGCAGCACGCAAGAAUCUCAAGGAGUGAAAGGAUGGUGUGAUGGUCUUUUGCAUUAAUGGGUUAGCUUUAUGUAAAACUGUAUGAAGAUACAUUUGAUUAAUCAAGCCUUUGCAGAUCUAAAUGAAGGCAUGAAAUUACCUGUGCAAGUUUGUGCAUAAGGGAUCGGGAGGUUAAUGAUGUUAGGUUAUCUGUACAGCUGUUAAGAUCGAGUUAUUAUCUAGAGAUUGAGCUGUCAUUGGUUGCCUGAUAACCUUUUUUUUCUGAGAGGGAAAGUAGUUUGGGUUGACUAAUAGUGCCAUCUUUUGUUGUUUCAUUAUGUAAUGAGUUGCAUUAUUGGUGGUA